AUGCAGUCGUUUUGGAGAGCUCGUAAGAUCGACGAGGUGACGUCAGAUAACGAUAAGAUCGCUCCCGUGUAUCGCCUGGACGAGAUUUGCUCGGAUGUGCAAUCGAGUCCAUCCGAAGUGGUGAAGGAGUUGGUCGACUACAUCAUGCAGCGCCUCAACCACUCCUCGCCCUUCGUCAAACAGAAGUCCCUGCGGUUGAUCAAGUACACAGUGUCGCGGGCAGGCACGGAGUUCCGCCGCAGCAUACAGCGCCACUCCGCCACCAUCAAGGGCAUGGUCCACUAUCGCGGACAGCCGGAUCCGUUAAGAGGCGACGCGCCCAACAAGGCGGUCAGGGAGGCGGCGCAGGAGGCGGUACAGGCGAUCUUCAACCCGCAGAACGACGUCAAACCCGGCCCAGGCGCCAUGGGCGUCGGUGGCGCUGGUGGUGGUGGUGGUGCGUCUACCGGAGGUGGCUAUAACGGGUAUGGGCCCAGUGGCGGGAUGGAGGGCGGGCGGCGUCGCAUGGAGGGAUUUGGAAGCACCCCGGCGAGGGGAGACGGGGGUGCUGGGGGCGGCGGAGGGGGGAGGGGCGGCGGAGGAGGAGGGGGAGCAGGGGGAAUCGGCGCAGUGCUGGGUGUGAGUAGCGAAUCGAUCCGGCAGGGGAUUAGCAAGCUGGCGGGCGUGGUGGGGCAAGGAGCAGGAGGGUCCGCGCGGGGAAAGGCGGGCGGGGGGGAGUUUGAAGAGGCGGCAGGCGGGGGGAGCUACGUUGGGCCGCGGUUGGACUCGGUAGGGGGCGGUGGGGAUGGGUACGGGUAUGGAGGCAGCGGGUAUGGAGGCAGCGGGUACGGACACGGAGGCGGUUCGUCUGGUGCGUCUAAGUACGUGGGGUUUGACCGGCAGGGACGCACGUUCGACGCGUCUACUAACUCGUACUCGCCUGCUGCAGUGCCUGCUGCUCACUCUGGCGCGGGGAGGGACAGAGAGUAUGGGUCGGACCGAGGGUACAGAGCAGGGGGGGGUUAUGGUGGUGGUGGGGGAGGAGGAGGAGGAGGAGGGCCGUAUGGUGGUGGAGGAGGGGGUGCAUAUGGCGGUGGGGGCGGGGGGGGAUAUGGAGGGGGAGGUGCGGAAGAGGACAGGUCAGGAGGGUGGGGCGACGGGGGGCAGCAAGGGGAGGGUCGCACUGAGGCAAGCGCAUGGGGAGGGGCGUCUGGGCCCGGGGAUGGGAUGGGCGGAGGAGGCGGAGGGGGCGGAGCGAGCAGUGAGGAAGAGCGGUUGGUGGAGGGCAUGACUGGGGCGGGCGGGGUGCGGCUGCAGCCGACGCGCGAGGCGCUGCGGGGCUUCAUUGCGAGCCUGCCUAAGCUGAACGCGGGCGCCGUGGCCCAGGCGCUGGAAGCUCGUCUCCUCAGCAACCUGUGGCAGACGCGGCUGAAGGCCAUGUGUGUGGUGGAAGCAGUGGUGAGGCAGGAGGGGGACCCUCAGUGCAACGCCAUCUAUGACUUUUUCGCCGACAACCCCCAAGCUCUGCAUGAGAAUGUGGACUCGCCUCAGACAUCGCUGCGAGAUAAAGCCAGACGGGUGCUUGACCUCUUGGGCCUGCGGCACCAGCAAGGGGGCCUCUCAUCCCCGCACACACCACCGCCACCAGCAGCAGUUGUUCCUGACUUAAUCGACGUGGGGGAGGGGGGCGAGGCGGAGGGAGGGGAGGGAGGGGAGGGCAGAGCAGCAGAGGUAGGGGCGAUAGCGAGUGGCGAUUCAUCCAGUUCACAGGCGCCUGGUGUGACGGGAGUAGAUGACUUGCUAGGAGGGGGGAGCAUGGACCCCUUCGACUCACUGAGUGCUGCUGCUGCUGCUGCUGCUGCUCCUCCUGCUGCUGCUGCUGCUGCUGCUGCUCCUGCUGCUACAGCUCCGUCUGGCCCUACUGCUCCCGCUACAGCUGAUCCCUUUGCCGGACUUUCUGGUGACCUCACAGCACAAACAGCGGACCUCUUUCAAGGGCUCAGCGUCAACAGCCAAGGCGUGGACGCAAAGCAGCAGCAGCAGCAAGAACCGCUCUCAACCGCUGCAUCUGCUCCUGGUGCUUCCACUGGUGCUGCUGGUGCUGCUGCUGCUGCUGGUGGUGCUGGGGGAAGGGGAGGAUCUGUUUGCAGUGCUUCCACCAAGGAGGAUUCACAUGCUUUUGACUUUGUGUCGGAGCACAUAGUGGCAGCCAUGGGGACGAAGAAGGGCCCACCAGCUUCAGCAAUGCGCUCGUCAUAA